AUGAAGAGGAAUUUCACUGACAGUUCUUUGAUGCGUAGUACAGCAGGCUGUCUUCCGGUUCCUCUUUUCAAUCAGAAGAAAAGGACCAAACAACCUCUGACAUCAAACCCGCUUAAAAAUGACCUGAGCAGUAACAAUUCAGCUGAUCAAUUCAAUUUCUCGGCCAUGCUCGCAGAUUUCGGAUGGGAAACCGAGAAGCCAGAACCGAUCCAACUGCAGAAAACACCCAGCAGAGCUUGCUAUGCCAUCUUCUUUGCCGAGGCAACAACACACAUCAAAGCCGACAAUGCCUCACGCAGGAAGCAACCGGAGAUAACAUUAGUCUUAUCUCACUCCAGGCAGGAGGAAAGCACUAAUGUUUGGAAAAGAAAUGACUUCCCAGCUUUUGGCAACAGAACGGAGAACAAAAAGCUUCCACAACUGGAUGACCACCCCAGUUAUUGGAUGAAGCCUGGACCCAUGUACCAGAAACCAGCAGCCCUGCCACAGGCAUCGGAGAGAAGCAGGACAGAAGCGGCAGAAGACUGGGAUCCAGCUGUUUCCCAGUGGCCUGUGAAAAAACCGGCGGGCCACUCUAAAGCGAAGGAGAAAGAGAAUUCUCUUCGAAUUUUAUCUGCUGUCAUUGAAAGCAUGAAGCACUGGAGCCAGUAUGCUGGUAAAACUCCACUGUUAUUUGAAGUCCUGGGUGUUCUGGACUCUGCUGUUACCCCCGGACAAUUUGGGUCAAAAGCUUUCCUUCUGAGGGAUGGAAAAGAAACCGUGUCGUGCGUAUUUUAUGAGAUUGAUCGCGAGCUACCAAGGUUAAUCAGAGGCCGAGUUCACAGAUGCAUGGGAAAUUACGACGCAAAACACAAGGUGUUCAAAUGUGUGUCUGUGAGGCCAGCCACAGCAGCUGAACAGCAAACAUUCCAGGAUUUCGUCAAGGCCGCCGAUGGGGAGAUGUGCCGAUUUGUGAAGACAAGCAACGAAAUUUAA